UGAUCCGAUCUCUGCGAUAUUUGGAAGAACUACUCAAAGAAAUGACUGUGGCAGCCAAUACUAUCGGAAAUUCAGAACUCGAAAAAAAAUUCGACUCCGCCGCUAAGGUGUUAAGAAGGG